AUGCCUCAGUCGUCAGCAACAUUGCAGUGGACAGGACAAGCGUCAAUGCCGAUCCAGACUUCUGCGCCAAGCGGGAGUUUCUUAUCGAUAAAUACGUCCCCGUAUAUGUCGGCGGUAGAUUCGUAUUCGAUAGUGAUAGCAGAUCAAUCGACUGGAAUAGGGCGACAAUCCAGUCAGCAACAGUCUAGUGCUGGAUCGAGUAUUUUUGGAGAAAGAUCUAGUUAUCUUGGGUCUUACAGAAGUCCGGGUUUUCAUGCUCCAGGUUUUCAAAGCCCAUUAUUCCAGGUUCUAGUAUUCCAUAACCAAGGCCAAACGAAUCAGGUUCCACCAAUGACUCCGGAAAUGAUGCAUCAAAGGUUUAUGGCAAUAGAACAUACUAUGGCUUCACAAGUGGAACGGUUUGAAAACGCUUUUCAGAGGUUAAUCGAUCAUAGUGCAAAUUCAGGGGGUGUUGGUUCCAGUGGAUUUGCAAUGACGGGAAGCAAUACGGCUGCAGGAACAACACAUGUGGAAGUACCACCGGUGAACAUGGUGAACAAUCUGUUGUACAAUGCUAUAUUUCAACCAUCUGUAAGGGAAAUUCCAAUACAACAUGUUGGAACAGGGUCAAACAAUAAUGGAUCACAAACUGUUGCAAAUAUGGCAGGUCGUGGGAUGCACAGCUGGUAUUACCCGUUGGUUCCAAGUCAACCCGCAUUCGUUCCGCCGCCAGGGAAUUUUACGUUUGACGGGCGUCAGUUAUCUCCAUUGUCUCCCCAAUAUGGUCCAGCAGUAAUGAUGUUUGGAACGCCAUGGGGACAGCAUAUGCCUUAUCAAGGAUAUCAAGCGCCAUGGCUAAUCACCUCAGAAGCACAGUAUUCGGGCACUGCAACAGGAAAUAUUAACCGUCCUGUGCCACCAGUAACAGGGAGUACUACUGCAACUGCAAAUUUGGUUGAUCCUCACAUACCUCAGGGGUCUGGCAUCGUCAAUGUUGGAAAUCGACACAAUCCCCAACAACAACGUAUUUGGGGUCAAAGAGGUGGUCGUCACCGAGUGGAUCUCGGUAAUGAAUUUCGACAAGAACUAGAUGCAACAGUGAACGAUAAUCAGCAACAAGAUUUUGAAGUAGGUGUUGAACAAACUUUAAAUGCUGAGAAAAUGUUUUCAAGGAUGGUAGAGGAUAUGGUCCGUAAAGAAUUAGGUGGAGAGAUUCCAGAGGUCCCAGGGAAGCCUUAUCUAGAUUUUGUUGAAUGGGAACCACUGCCGAGAAAUUUCAAGAUCCCUGAUUUCCAAACGUUCUCGGGAGAAGACGAGAAACGCCUUGAGGAUCACAUAAAUCUGUUUGAGUUGCAAUGCGGUUUAGUAAGCAAAAAUGCUUUGAUCAAGUUGCAUUUGUUCCCUUAUUCCUUAAAAGGGACUGCAUUCGAUUGGUAUAGAUUACUAUCGCCAGGGUCCAUUCCUUCAUGGGAUAUCCAGCAACGAGAAUUCUUAUCAUAUUUUCGCAAGGACACUGCACGAUUGUCAAUUGUUGAUUUGUCAAAGAUCUGGCAGAAGUUUGGAGAAACUGCAGAAGCAUACAUAAUUCGGUUCCGAGCACCGCCAGGAACUCCAGGACAAGCCAACGAAGCUAAUAUCGGACGAGUAUAUUCCUUCGACAUCUCUCAGCAAGAGGCCAUCUUUGAUGAUUUGUUUAAGAAGGGCCAUAUGCAGUACAAGCAAGGAUACCGACAACCAAAGCCAGCAGAUGUUGCGGGGAAGACCUAUUGCAAGUAUCAUAUGUCAUGGACUCAUACCAUAAAUGAUUGUGUAGUAUUCCGUAACAAGCUUCAGAAGAUGAUAGAUGAUGAGAAGCCUACUGGUAAUAUCAGGGUUGUUAGACACUACCAUGGUCAGGAUAGCCGGCCAUCAGGCUGGCAACGGGUUAAAAGGCCAGUGCCACAGAGUAAUGUUGCACCCAAGGCAGUUAGAGCAGCGCCUACCCAUGAUAAAGAAUGGCAUCUUGUGAGUCACCCAAAAUUUCCCAGUCAAGCGUUAACAGGAACAAAGAUGACUAGGACUCAAAAAUGUCGAUGGCAACGGGUUUUGAAUAAGCGAACAAGAGUAGAAAUAGAAAAGGAGCACGUACUUGAGAGGAUUAAAUCACUAGUCCGGCAAGAGAGGCCAAUAAUCAGGUUUUCAGGACAAGAAGAAAGACGAUCGCAAUUGUGGGAAAAGUCAUAUAUUUAUUUCCUGCCAGUAAACAUGGUGUACACAUUGCCGAAGUCUUUCUGUUUGAAGACUCCUACGUCUACAACAGCCCUAGUUCCUAAAACUGUUGCAACCCAAGUAGUGCUCCCUGAAGCAACCUCAUUUGUAACGAAACCAUAUGACACUACGGUUAGUGGGAUUCAAUUAUUGUCACAGGAAGGAAAGAAUCCAGUUAUUAUGCUUUCCCAACCAGUAGAGAGUUCUGCUUCUCAUAUUCGGCCGUUGUAUAUUUGCGCGGUUAUGGAUGGAAUCCCAUUACUGCGUGUGUUGGUGGAUAAUGUCGCAGCUAUAAAUAUUCUUCCUUUAAGGGCUUUACCUAAGCUAGGUAAGCAAUUAAAAGACUUGGUGCCCACUGAAAUUUUCAUGAGUGGAUUUACAGCAGAUGUCACGAGUACCAAAGACGAGUUAGAUGGUGAACUGUUAAAAGCAAGGGAGAAGCAGAAAGCAAUCAGGCUUGUAUUGCAGUAUUUUGAAGAUGAACGCCGACAGAAGGCUGAAAUGCCUACAAUGAAGAAUUUAAUGGAUAGAAAUGAUGACAUUAUGUCCAAGUAUGCUGCGGUUGGUGAUAUCAUUGCAUCUCAAUUUCAACAUAUUGAAUUCUACAAUGUUGAGAGAGAAUUCAAUGAUGAUGCCAAUGACAUAGCGCAGUUAGCCUGGGGAGUUAAUCAGCAGUUUCCUUUGGAUUCAGCAGACUAUGCAACAGUUAUGCAAGUUGAUCAAGAGAGGUUGUCUCAUAGCCGAAACUCAGCAACAGCUAAUAUUAUCCACCGGAAGGCUGGAAUUAUCCGUGCUUACAACAAAUUUGUUCGGUACAAAUACUUCAAUGUUGGUACUAAGGUAUGGAAAGCAGUUUUGCCUUUAGGGUACAAAGAUCGUACUUAUGGUAAAUAG